AUGCGUUUCCUCUCAAAGGCAGUUUGUGCAGCUAGCUGCAUCGCAUGUUUCGUUAGUCGGGUCACUGCCUUGCCGGGUCGGCCACCCAAUUCUUCUGGCUUCCAAGGUAGUGCAAUCGCUGGUACCGCUGCCAAAUCCUCAUUCGCUACAUCGUCUACCGCUGCUAGCUCAUCAGUGACUACUUCAAGUUCUUCUGCUAAGGCUACUAGUACUGAAGGAGCUAUUACUAUCAGCUCGACCACCUCAACAAUCUCUGGUGUCUAUAUCACUGCUACUGCCACCGACGAGAAUGCCGUGGUUGUCGAGGCGACUGGUGUUGCUUAUCUGACUGACGUCACUAUCUACAAGACUGGGGAUAGCUCCGACGAUGAUGAUUCAUCCUUCACCAUCUUGAACGCAGCCGUUGGCGUUGAGACCUAUGGUACCCUGUACAUGUACAGCAGUACCAUCACCACUGAUGGUGGUAGUGCUAAUGGUCUUCACACCUACGAGGAUGGUGCUGAUGUCUACCUUUACGAUGUCACUGUGUCUGCCUCCGGUGAUGGUGCCCAUGGUAUUUACACCGCCGGCGGCUAUAUCUACGGAGAGAAUCUUGUUAUCACCACUGAAGAUCAGCGAGGCUCUGCUAUUGCUACCGAUAGCGGCGGCGGUACUAUUGUGGUCAAUACAGCCACUGUUAUGACUUACGGCAGCAAAUCUGCCCUUGUCUACUCUACUGGUAAUAUCACAGUGAGCAGCCUCACUGGAACCGCCUCUAUCGCUCCUGCCUGUGUUAUCGAUGGCUCAAAUUCGUUCACCCUUGUCGAUCCGGAUAUCAGCUCUGGUACCGAAGAAUAUGGUGUUUUCCAAAUUGUCUCUACUGGUAGUAGCAAUUCGGAUGUGGCCUACGCUUAUGUCACGGGCGGAUCUAUCGCCGAGACAUAUGGUACCUAUGGUCUGAUCUAUGUGGGUAACAUCGAGGCAGUUGUCUCUCUUGACGAUGUCUCCGUUACGACCGAGUCUGGUAUUCUUGCCAACGUUGCUGCAAACUCUGAGUUCGGUACCUCAGGCUCUAACGGCGGAGACCUCACCCUUGAACUGACGGAUGUUGAUAUCAGCGGUGUUGUCACCAUUGAUGACAUCUCCACUGGCUAUCUGAUCCUGACGGAUUCAACCUGGUCCGGAGCCAUCAACACCGAGAACACUGCCUCUAAUGCUACCAUCUACCUCGACUCCAAUAGCACCUGGUCCCUGACUGCCGACUCUUACGUUACUGUCAUCACCGAUGAGGAUACUACCGCUGCCAACAUCGUCAGUGCGGGCUACUCCAUCUACUACGACAGUAGCUAUAACACUUGGCUGGACGGUGAGACCAUCGAUCUCGGCGGGGGCGGCUAUCUCACCCCCCAAUAA